ACCCCUCCACACUUUGAGCUUCGCAACAAGCAGCAAUGGCUGAUAUGGCUUCGCGCAUAGCUUCGCUCAGGUCUUUACUGCCUGAUUUCGAGUCUGCGCUGCACUCGUUUACUUCGUCGCCCGCCAAAUUUCGUGUUGUGCGCACAGUAAACGACACGCCAACGCAGCCCCAGACCCUCUACAUCCUCGACUCCUCCUUCAACCCGCCGUCCCUUGCACAUUUCACUCUCGCAACUUCGGCUCUGAAGAAUUCGGCACCAUCAGAGCAGAGACCGCAUAGACUGCUGCUGCUCUUUAGCACACACAAUGCAGACAAGGCGCCCAGCCCUGCAAGCUUUGUGCAGCGCAUCGCCUUGAUGACGGCGCUUGCUGAAGAUUUGUCGCAGAGCCUCAAGAAGGGAACAAGCUCUUCAAAUGCUGAUGUUGCCAAUAUAUCAAUAGAUAUUGGUCUUACCAAAGAGCCCUACUACAGUGACAAGUCAGCAGCCAUCGCCCAAGCUACGCCAUCCUUCUAUGCUUCUAAUCCGAAGCACGUACAUCUUGUCGGCUAUGACACCUUGAUCCGCUUCUGUAACCCAAAGUACUAUCCUAAGCACGAUCCGCCGCUCUCAGCCCUUGAGCCCUUUUUCGCUGCUGGCCACAAGCUGCGCGUGACCCAACGGCCAGCCGAUGCGAACGACGAGUCGUCGCGUGAGUUCGGCUCAACUCAGGAGCAACUCAAGUACCUGCAAGACCUAAAAGAUGGAAAGCAAGAGGCAGCUGGCUUCCAAUCCGCAUGGAGCAACAACAUAGAUAUGGUCGAGGCUGAAGAAGGUGUUGGGAUCAGCUCAACGCGAGUGAGGAAUGCUGCUCAGCAAGGCAGAUGGGAUAUUGUGUCAGAGCUGUGCACUGAGAGCGUGGCAGCUUGGAUCAAAGAUCAAGAGUUGUACAGUGAGGAUGCAAGUGGCAAGAAGAUGAUGAGCUGAAUACUCAAUCACCGCGGCAUAUUCGAUGCUUUUCAGCAUGCAAUACAUGUUGCCCAUUUGUAAGAAUGCCUCUUCCGCCA